UCAUCUGAUCCCGAAAGGAAGAGCAACAGACUCCAGUGAACAGUCGCACUGUUCGACAGUGCAUCAGCGGUUCCUUCACGACGUUCUGAAGGUGGAUUUUCGUUUCCUCCUGCGCAGAACUGCUAAACUGCGUGUGGGGACCCAGGACCUGCGGUCUUCUUCCGUUAUUCUUGUCAUUGGUCUCGGAGCAACACACUCAUUGUAGUUGUACUCACACACAGAUCGCCUACGCACACAGACAGCGCUCAACGGAUUUCACUCUCAAUAGGGACACUUUACCCCCCCCCCCGCAUUUCAAAGGAAGGUAAACAACGCGGGAGAAAAUGGCGUUGUCAAUUAACGGCGUCCUCUGUACGCUGACCGUACUGAUUUUGUGGCGGGCAGAGGAGCUAGUGGAAGCUUGCAGCUGUGCACCCGUGCAUCCGCAACAGGCUUUCUGUAACGCGGACGUUGUGAUCCGAGCGAAGGUGGUGGGGGAGAAGGAGGUGGAUACUGGGAAUGAUAUCUAUGGGAACCCCAUCAAGAGGAUCCAGUAUGAGGUCAAGCAGAUCAAGAUGUUUAAGGGUCCUGACCAGGACAUUGAGGCGAUCUUCACUUCACCGGUCUCUGCUGUGUGUGGUGUUACCUUGGAUACUAGCGGCAAGAAGGAGUACCUAAUAUCCGGCAAGGUGGAGGCAGGUGGGAAGAUGCAUGUGACCCUGUGUGACUACAUAACGCCCUGGGAGUCCAUGAGCCCCACUCAGAAGAAGAGUCUGACUCAGCGCUAUCAGAUGGGCUGUGACUGCAAGAUUGUGCGCUGCCCCUCCCUGCCCUGUGCCAUUUCUGCUCCAGAGGAGUGUCUGUGGACAGACCUGAUGAUAGAGAAGCAGGUGCACGGUCGCCAAGCUAACCACUACACCUGCGUCAAGAGGGCCGAUGGCUCCUGUUCCUGGUAUCGCGGUGUGACUCCACCCAAGAAGGAGUUCCUGGAUAUCGAGGACCCCUAGUCACUUUCUGCCCCUACCCCCUUCCAGCUGCCCACUGCACAACCUGAUUAAAGAAUAAUGUUUCUAAACAUUUCAUGAAAUAUUAGGGGAGAAAAUAAGUUCUGUGUGAGAGGACAACAUUAAUUUGAUACACAUAUAAAAUAUAACGAGGAGAAGCUGAAUGAUUUAAGAGAGCUUGGUUAAUAAUGUACUGGUCCAAAAACAACUCCCAGCUACUACCCCUUGUGUUUGCAGAUCUAAAGGGACUGGAUAUGUUGAUAGUAUGGUGAUGACUCCACCUAGCCCCCUAAAUGGUAUUUGUCAAAUUGCUUACACCCUUCCGGUUCCUUCAGGACUGCAAAACACAGAAGUUUUAGAGGCUAGGGGAAGGAGCUAGACAGGGGCUCAGGAUGUUUGUGUAGCUAUUUACUGCCACAAGACCUGUCUAUACUGGUCGUGUGGUGGUGAUGUCACAUCCCCCUGAGGCUGGCGUCAGGAAGACAGAUAAUUUCUUGGUUAUGGCAACAGAGCCCAGGUCAAAAGUAGUGCGCUCUCUACCCCUGUCAAACUACCCAGGUUAGAACGACUCCAUAUCUAUUCAAUGAUGGCUCAACAUUACUUAUGUUUCCUCAUUCUGUUUGAUUUCAAAGCCAUAUUCCAAGAUGCCUUUUUUCUUUUUAACUAGUCAAAUGCUAUUUGUUGCUUCUCAUAACCAUGCUGUUAGGACCAAUCAGAUUGAUGGUGAGGCGGGACUUCCCAGCUUGUUCUAAUAGACAUUUGGUAAGAAAGGUGUUUAGUUUUUAUAAAUAGUUGCAUUUCAUUUUGUCUGAAUAACCAAAGCAGACCAGUCAGACAAAUAUGGGAACAACAACAUUUUAAAAGAACCUUCUAGAAUGCAUGUCUCUCCGGACCAGUCUAUGGCAUGUGAUAGAGAUGGAUGCCUAUGGUAUCACAUAUUUACCCCCCUCUCUAGAUUGCUGUACAGAACCUAUGCAUGUACUUUUUUCUGUUAUUUGCAUCAUUAGAUCUAGAACUAGAUUUGCACUUUGAAGAGGAAUUCCAGUAAAGACCAAACCAUGUGAUUCUCUAGUGUUUUUAAUAUCGUACUGCAGUCAGGCAGACUGUGUAUUCCAAAUGGCACCCUAUUCCCAUAUAGUGCACUAUAUGGGCCCUGGUCAAAAGUAGCACUACAAGCCUCACGGGUGGCACAGUGGUCUAAGGCACUGCAUCGCUGUGCCACCAGAGAUCCUGGGUUCGAGCCCAGGCUCUGUCGUGACCGGAAGGUCUAUGGGUCGGUGCACAAUUGGCCCAGCGUUGUCCAGGUUAGGGAGGGUUUGGCCGGCAGGGAUCUCCUUGUCUCCUCACGCACCAGUGACCCCUGUGGCGGGCCGGGCGCAGUGCACACUGACCAGGUGUACAGUGUUUCCUUCGACACAUCGGUGCUUCUGGAUUGGAUGUGCAUUGUGUCAAGAAGCAGUGCAGCUUGGUUUGGUUGUGUUUCUGAGGACCUUCGCCUCUCCCUAGUCCAUACGAGAGUUGCAGAGAUGAGACAAGACUGUAAUUACUAAUUGGAGAGAAAAGGGGGGGGGGAUUAAUAAGUAGCACUACAAAGGAAAUGGGAUGUCUUAUGGGACUCAACCAGACAGCCAGGUCGUCUUAACUGCAGUCAGUUGCAUUGCGCAGGUGAUCACAUCUCACAAUGCCUGGAGAAGUGUAACUUCUCAGGAAACCACAUCGACAUGAAAUGGCAUCUUCUGAGGUCUGAGAUGUAUAUACAUCUGAGGUCUGAGGCACAUACUCCUCAGAUCUCAGUAGAUUGCUAUAUUAUAUUAAUUUGGUCAUAAAUUAUGAUAGAAUAACAGAAGCGCAAAUUAAAAGUGGAGUUUCCAAUUUCAGUACAUUUUUGUUUUCCAGUGUUAAAUCUAUAAUUUUUUUUUGUUCCCAUCAAGUCUGUCGUUCUCUUUAAAGUGGUGAAAGUCUUCUUGCGCUGGGAGCAUGUGAGAGAAAGAAUCUCACCAGUGGAGGCUACUGAGGACAGCUCAUAACAAUGGCUGGAACUGAGUCAAUGGAAUGACAUCAAACACAUGGAAACUGUUUGAUGUAUUUGAUCUCAUUCUGCCCCAGCCAUUACCAAGAGCCCAUCCUCUCCAGUUAAGGUGCCACCAACCUCCUGUGAAUCUCACCCUUGUAUAGAUCUAAAGCAGAUUGGAUGUAAUAAGCAUGGUGCUCAUUCUCUUUCAGAAGGCAAUCCCUUGGUAAUACCAUAUUUCUUCUACCUUAUCCAAUGCUUUGAUGUACAUGUGCUAAGUCUGUAGGGAAGAGUUGAUGGGGUUUUGUGGGUGUAGAGGUGGAGUGUGAAGACAACCAGACUAUGCAUGUGUUUUGUGUGCUUUGUGUAAGUCCCUUGUGGACGUUCAGCCAAUGUACAAAAAUAUACAACAGUAUUAUCAAAUAAAACCAAACCUUUGAAAUAAUAA